AACAUGUGAAAAACAUCAAUGCGAGGCGCGAGCGAGUAGCAAACUUGCGUUAUCGAGGAUUGAGAGCACUUACAAGCUAGGUGCUGUUUACGUGUUAAAUCAUUUUUAUUUUAUAAGUACAUUACAAACCGUUAACAAAAAUAUUAAAUUUUCAGCAUUGUUAAUUAAAUAAAUGACAAAUUGGUAGUGAUGAGUACAAUGCUCUAGUCUCGCCAGGAAAUUAGCAUUUGGUAAUCGGUUUUAUUUUGUAUUGUGUUUAGUUUUUGUUCGUUUUUCAACCACUACACUCGAGCGUCCAGCAUGGCAAGUAACGAAAAGAAAAUGGUGUCAUCAAGUAAACCUGCUCUGCCCCCAAGCAGUGAAGAUAAUGUCAGUGUACUGGCCAUGAUGUAUAGAUUCUUUAAAAAGGUAUCGGUGGUUGGUGCGGUGUACCUUGUAGGAUACAUGCAAUGGAGCGUGGCGUGGCUGAUCGGUCCCGUUAUACUGUCCGUACUGCGCGAUCAAUGGCGCAAGGAGAGUGAGUACCGGCGCAACUUAGCCAAGGCCGCCGCUCAAUCGUCUGAGAAAGAUGUUGUUUUGGCCAAACUGGACGACUUGCCGGCGUGGGUAUUCUUCCCGGACGUGGAACGUGCAGAAUGGCUGAACAGGAUUCUCCUGCAAGUGUGGCCAAAUGUAAACCACUACGCUCGUAAUCUGCUAAAGGACUCCAUCGAGCCCGCAGUGGCGGAGAGCUUGUCUAACUUCAAACUUAACGGUUUCAAGUUUGAACGUAUGAUUCUUGGCACUAUCGCGCCUCGUGUCGGCGGCGUUAAAGUCUACGACAAGAACUUGUCCAGGAACGAAAUCAUCAUGGAUGUUGACUUGUUCUACGCCGGCGACUGCGAUAUAUCUUUCGUUCUGCAACGAAUUCGUGGAGGUAUUAAAGAUCUUCAGAUCCAUGGAAUGGUGCGUAUAGUGAUGAAGCCGCUGAUCACCAAGAUGCCUUUAGUGGGAGGUCUACAAAUAUUCUUCCUGAACAAUCCGUCUAUUGACUUCAACUUGGUCGGCGCCGCUGACGUCCUUGAUAUGCCCGGUUUCAGUGAUAUUCUACGUCGUUGUAUCGUAGAACAAAUUGCGAAAAUGAUGGUGUUACCCAACAAGCUGCCUAUUAAGUUGAGUGAUGAAGUACCUACUGUUGAUCUGAGGAUGCCUGAACCUGAGGGUGUUCUUCGUAUUCACCUUGUAAAGGCGCAGAAUCUUAUGAAAAAAGACGUGUCGAUGCUUGGUAAGGGUAAGUCUGAUCCGUACGCGAUAAUAACGGUGGGCGCUCAGCAAUGGAAGACCAAACACAUUGACAAUGACGUUAACCCGCGCUGGGACUACUGGUGCGAGGCGAUAAUAAGCUCAAGGAAGAGUCAAGUGCUGCAGUGUGAGCUGUGGGACUGGGACCCAGGCAUGGGCAUACAGAACGAUGAUUAUCUUGGCAGGUGCUCGUUAGAUAUCUCUCAAGUUGUCCGCUUUGGUCGUUUGGAUACGUGGCAAACGCUUCAGGAAGCUAAACACGGCAAAGUGGAAUUGAGACUGUCGUGGCACCGCCUCACUUCUGACGUCACGGAACUUAGUCGCGCCCUGACUGAAACCCUCUUGAUCAAAACUGGUGACCUCAGUUCAGCUGUUUUGUCAGUUUACAUCGAUUCUUGCAAAAAAUUACCUAACGCUCGCGCCCAGUCGCGCCCCGACCCUUACCUGACCGUGACAGUGGGCAAGAAGACGGAGAACACCGCCGUACAGAUGAGGACUGACGACCCCGUCUACGAGAUAGGAUACUCCUUCCUCGUGCAGAACCCAGAGAUCGAUAACUUGGAGAUCAAGGUCCUGGAUUCCAAGACUGGUAGCAGACUCGGACAGCUGACAUACAGUAUCUCAUCGCUGUUGAAACAAAAGAACCUCAGUAUGAUCACUCAACCAUUGAUGCUGCAGAAGUCUGGACCAGAGUCCAAGAUCAUCAUGUCUUUGCAGCUGAGGAUUUUGAAAGAGGCUAUUAAGGAAGAGGACUUCGAGGAAGAGCCUUAUGCGGAGUUGCCGAGCGAGCCCUCACCGGGCGUGACGCCGGCCGCUGCUCCCGCCGCGCCGCCCGCGCCCGCCAACGUCGACUCCGUAGAUAACAAGCAAGACGCGCUGCUUACUGAAUCUGCUGCUUUACGUACUGAGCCAGAACUGAAAAAUAUUGAAGAUGCGCCCAUAGAUAACAGCUCGCAGAAGUCCGUGCCUGUCGAAGUCAUUGAAAAAGAAGUUGACACUCAAGAAUACCAGGUACCAACUGGUCGUGAAUCACCUAAACUAAUUCACAGAACUUCUUCGUUAACUACGUCUGCCGGUGAAGCUGGUUUAGGCCGUAUUCUAAUUUCAUUCCGCUACAGCAUGCAGAACCAAACACUUUACGUAGUUGUACACAAAAUCAUGCAUAUACCACUCAAGGAUCCGAGCAAUGUGCCUGACCCAUAUGUGAAGUUAUACCUGCUGCCCGGACGAGCCAAAGACUCCAAACGCAAAACGGUGGUGGUGAAGGAUAGUUGUAUGCCUGAAUACGACGAGCAGUUCGAGUGGGUGAUCCCGCUCGCGGAGCUGCACUCGCGGCAGAUGGAGGUCACUGUCGCCACGCACAAGGGAUUCCUCGGCGGAAGCCCUGUUAUUGGACAAGUACUAGUACAUCUCAACCAGUACGACUUCCGUGAGGCCAAGACCAUGUGGUUCGACCUCAUGCCCGAGACAUCGCCCAGAGAUUAAACGAAUAUACUCAGUCAAAUUACUUGUUUACUAUUAAAGUACUUAUGAAUCUUAUUUAUAUUUUGCAAUUGCAAAAGCCAUAUACUGCUGAUCUGAUUGCUAAUAUGUUCGUAGAGUCGCGUGUGAAACUUACUGACACGAAGGUUGUGUAAAAGCGGCCUAUUCUCUCAAAUAUUUAUGUAUUUACUAAAUGUCUAGGUCUACGAUGAUGCGUGUUGUUCCCUAUGCGUUCUUGAAACAAUCAUUGGAUUGUGAUUUAACUUUAGGGCGUUCUGAAUACGCCCAAUAAAAGAAACCAGAUGUCUUAAUGUCAUACCGCAUUCAGGGUACAAUUAGUACUAUAAAAUAUACAAACGUCGCUAAAUUACUAGAAAAUCUAUAUAUUUAUACACUUGUUUCUAUGUUUAUUGUUGUAAAUGUUUUCAGUGUUUAAUGUUUAAAAAUAAUCUUUUGCUUAUGAGUUUCGUAACGCUAAGUCAAACUAAUUCCGUUAAGCUUAUGAUUGUGUUGUGACAACGCAUUUAUGUCGAGACGCAUAUUAUAUUUUGUGUGGAUUAUUUGUUAUUUUUUUUAUUGCAUUUAAGCGUAUUUUUCGUGUAAUAAAUAUUUUAA